ACACUUCGAUUCUCAUUUCUCUUCGUGUGUGUGUGUAUGUGCGUGUGUGUGUGUGUCUGUGUCUCUCUCUCUCUCUCUCUCCAGAACCGGAGCUCACAUAAUUGAAAGCUCUCGAGAAGCUCUCCUUUUUGUCCAUAUUUAUAUAUAUAUAUAUAUAUAGAUAUGUGUGUGUUUAUCUGAGUUGAAUAGAUAGAUAUAUAAAGAUAAACCCUAGAUAAAGAAAGGUUCGCUGCAUUUCUCUCACUACGCCACCGAGAUGGCGGAGCUACAGCCACCGGAGGGCCAGAUUAACGGCGGCGGAGGGGUGUUCGGCGCCGCCUCCGCCGCCGCCGCUGCCGCUACCGAGAGCGUCGGGACGAAGCGGCAACGGAGGCCGAGUGUUCGGUUGGGCGAUAUCGGGGACCAGGCCUACGACUCGCUCGCGACUCGGAGAACAAAGCAGUGGAAGCUGCCAAUGAAGGAUUCGGCUUCGGGUAAGGGGUCGAAGACCCGGGCUUUGAUGAAUUUGGGCGACCACGACCACGAAACCCUAGACGGCGAGGAGGAGAGGGAGGGGAAUUUGGACACAAUCGCGAUUGGGAGUUGGAGAGUCAAGGACGCGUCGAAGUCGAAGCGAGGCUCGACGACAAAGCGAGUGAGGUCUAAUAAUUGGGUUGGCGACGAGAGGUUCAGUGGCGGCGAAGACAUCGACGACGGGUUCAGGGAUUUCGAGCCCGAGGGGUCGGAGAGCCCUCUGAAAGAGCAAAGUCCAAUUCACUCAUUGGAUAACAAUAAUAAUUUGGGUGUGGAUGAGAAUAGAGGGCAUAAAAGAGGGGUUAGGGUUAGGGUUUCGGAUGGGGUUGAAUUGGACGGGCCGUCUGACACCGAUGCCAGAAACUGGAAUUCAGAGAGGAAUGGGGUGAGGGUUUGGCUGAAUCAGUUAGGUUUAGGGCGUUACGCCCCGGUUUUUGAGAUACACGAGGUGGACGACGAGGUUUUGCCGUUGCUGACUCUGGAGGAUCUUAAGGAUAUGGGAAUAAACGCGGUUGGUUCGAGGCGGAAAAUGUACUGUGCAAUUCAGAAGCUGAGUAAAGGGUUUUCGUGAGGCUAAUUUGCUUACUGGGUAAAAGAGAAAAUUACUCAGCUAUGGCAAUGAAUGACAGAAUGUCUGAACUGCUUCAAGGUUUUGAUGUAUUUUCUCCUAACCUUAGUAGUUUUGAAAUAUGAAAUAGUCUGUAUUUCCUUUUA